GCUGCAGCGCUCCGCCGAGGCGCGCGACACGGGCGCCCGGGCGCCGCUCGCUCUGGCCGACCAGCUGGGCGCCUUCUUCCAGGACUACCCCGACGUGGCCUUCGGCGCCAUGGGCCAGCUGCUGCAGGAGAACUUCCACCUCGGGGAGGAACCGGUGGCCGGCAAUGCGCGAGACAAUGUCUGCCGUGCCACUCGCAUUCUCAAGGACCUGAACACCCAGAGUGAUGUGAGGUGCCCCCUUUUUGAGGUCAGGUGGGGCCUGCACAGGGUGGCCCACCUGUGCCGGGAUUGGCUGCCUGAGCUGCCCCUGGAACUGAUGGCCGAGUGGGUGCACGAGGACCUGGCCGAGCAGUGGCGGCGCCUUGCCUUCGACGACGUCCCCACCGGGGGCGCUCUGGCCUGGCUGCCCAGCAGUGGCGGCAGGGGGGCCGCCCGCCGCGGCUUCCUGGUGUGCCCAGCCGGUGAGGCCAUGAACCUGCUCCGCUUCCAGGACGUGGCCCUGGAGCCCACGGCGAGUGGUGCCUUGAGAGCGCUGCCCCACGGCCGCCCCGCGCAGUUCGAGCUCAAUGGGGCGAUCCAGCAAGUGGCGGCGGCGCACGUGAACGGCCACGAGUUCGUUGGCGUGCGCUCCGAGCAUCACUGUGGCGUGUGGCGGAUGCAGCGCGGAGCUGCCCCGGAGCCGCUGCAGGUCGUCUGCACUGACGCCCCCUGCUCCUCCAUCGCGGUCAGCCCGCACCUGCCUGGGGAGCUGUCCUUCUGCACCCGCCGUGGAGCCCUGUACACGUGGAGCGUGGAGGCCGGGCCUCGGCUGCUGCACCGGGAGAGCGAGACCAUGUUCUUCUGCGACCCGUCUCCGUGGCGCUGGAGCGACUUCACGGCCCACCCAUGCGUGCUCACCUUCGCGGACCGCACGGGUGUGAAGAGCAUCGACCGGCGGGUGCCCCCGAGCUGCCCCGCUGAGCUUUUCAAAGUGGGGGGUGAAGCCGAAUGCCAGCAGGGGGAGCGCCUGGUGCUUGCCAAGUAUCUGGGCCAGGCCGAGCCCUACCACCACCUGGUUGCUACUCAGUUCUCGGUCUAUGUGCUGGACGAACGCUUUCCGCUCGUGCCCACCCUGCGCUGGGAGCACAUGAUGCGGAGGCCCCCCAUCUGCGCCCACCUCGUGCCUGCGGCCGGGCCCCCGCGGAACCGCCACCAGGUGCUCCUGGCUGCCCACCACUCCCAGGAGCUGCUGCUGCUGCAGUACGCAGGGGGCCGCCACACCCCCUGCCAGCUCCAGGGGCCGCCGCAGAAGCUCGCCUCCAUCCGGGAGUGCCUGCCUUGCUUUCCUGCACAGGUGCCUGUUCGGCAGCAUGCUCUACGCCAGCGCCUCAGGGCGCCCACGGCAGGUAUCGCAGCUGCCUUUGGCCAGCAGGGCCAAGCCCCGUCUCUGGUGAUCUUCCAGCUGUCGGAGGUGGGAGACCUCUUCUACCAGCCGCUGCUCCACCAGGACGACUGUGGGGAGGAGGCCUCAGGCGGGGCGCAGCCCGGACCAGAGCGAGACGUCUCCCACCAGGGCGGCGUGGGCGCUGGAGCAGAGCGGGAGCAGGCUGGGCCUGUGGGCUCUGGAGCGGCCGCCGCCUGCCGGGGCUUGCCGCCUCAGCCCCCCGUGCCUGUGGAAGAGAGCGGCUCCGUGGCCGCCCGGUACCGGUGCUGGCUCAGCGCCUUCCUGAGGGCCUGGGAGCGGCUGCCUGAAGAAGCCCAGGGCCGGCUGCAGCCGCUGGCCACCGUCACCCAGGACCGCCUCUUCACCCAUCGGGAGCUGCGGGAGCAGCCGUGGUUCGCACCGCUCCACACCGAAGCCUGCCAGCGCCUGCACGCCUCCAUGGAGAAGCAGCUGCUCCUCUGCCCCUGGGAGGAGCGGGGUGUGGCCCCCUUGCCCCCGGCCCUGGAGCCUGCGGGGCAGCUGGAUGAGCUGGGCCGGCGGCUCACGGCCUCCUGGGCCGGCAACUGGCUCGGCUGGUGGCAGGAGAAGCUGGGCCUGACCAAGGCGCAGAAGCAGCAGGCCUUGCGGGAGCAGCGGCGGCGGCGCAAGAGGGCCCGGGGCACCCUCAGCCUGUCCGGCAGCUUCACCUCCUCCACCAGCUACCAGUCGGACCUCAGUGACUUUUCCGGGCUGGGAAGCAGCAGCGGCAUCUCUGCGGGCCCGGAGUCCGCCCAGCCGGCUCCUGCAGUGGGGGCAGCCGAGGAACCCUCCCCACUGCUCCCCAGCCUGCCCCCUGCCUCUCAGGACUCGCAGCUGGACUCGCAGCUGGAUUCCCAGGACACCUCUGAGCUGCUCUCAUCCCAGAGCCUGCGCUCCCGAGGGAUCCCCCGCGAGCGCCGCCGGACCCUGCGCAGCUACCUCGCCCUGUGGGACGAGCCCGACGAGCCCCCAGAAGGGCUGCCCCCCAGUCAGACUGAGGCCCUCGGCAGCCAGCGCUCUGCCCUGUCCUCCCAGCACUCCCAGAGCCAACCCAAACGUGCCCGCAUGGGCUUCUGACACGCAGCCAAGGCUGCUGGAGACAGACGGACAGGGGGGCGGGGGGCUUGGCCCCUGGGCCUGCUGUAUCCCAGUCAAUAAACGGCGGGAGCUCUUUCCGCACCAGCCGUGCAGGCA